GAGAAGAUGUGCUGGACAGUGUUGCUUCUGUUGGGAGUGAUCAUUUCGUUGUUGGUCCUUUUCGACUGGAAGGCGAAUCGGUAUGAACACAUUCCAGGACCACGGCGUUGGCCGUUUAUUGGAGCUAUUGUCUCAUUUCUGGGCGUUGGUCCUGUCGGAAUAUUUGCUCAACUGAUCGCGUUCGGAAAAACGUACGGGAAGGUGUACAAGCUGGAUUUUUUCAAUGACUAUAUCAUCGUCUAUUCGUCACCUGAGGCAGUUGAGGUCAUUGUAACAUCGCCCGCCUUUGCGGCCAAGUCACAGGAAUACGAUAAGGUAUCAGAAUGGAUCGGCAAUGGGCUGCUCGUGUCUCGGGGGCCCAAGUGGUUCAGCCGAAGGAAGGUUAUCACGCCAGGGUUUCAUUUCAAAAUAUUGGAGGAUUUUGUACCGACCUUUAAUCGGCAGGCGGAAUCAUUCUGCCUCAAGCUGGAAGCACUGAUGCGAGAACCCGGCCGGGAGUCGAUCGAUAUCUUUCCCGAGCUGAAGCUACUGACGCUCGGCAUCAUCUGUGAAACGGCCAUGGGUGUGGACAGUGUGGAAGAUGCCGCACAGCAAGCAUACUACACUCGAAUAGUGGAGGAACUGAGCUCCAUUGUUUAUUGGCGUGUAUUCAACAUGUUUGUUUACUUUGACGCUUUGUUCCGGCUAACCAGCACGAGUCGUCUUUUCGACGAGCUGGUAAGGAAAUCGUGGAACUUUACGCUAAGCAUGAUCGAUAAACGAAGAAAGAUUAACGAAGAUACUAUGCGGGCCAAUGGAGCUGGUGAGCAGGCAGAUGAAACAUUUGGAAAGCGUAAGAGAGCGUUGCUUGAUACGUUGCUUGAAGCGCGGAUCGAUGGUAAACCGCUAACGGAUGACGACAUUCGGGAAGAAGUGGACACUUUUACAUUUGCCGGUCACGAUACGACUGCAUCAGCCAUGACGUUUCUGCUAUACAACGUCGCUAAGCAUCCUGAGGUCCAAGAGCGCCUAUAUGAAGAAAUUUUGGAUGAAAUCGGAUCAGAGUUUACAGAAAUAACGCUGAGCACACUGAACAAUCUUCGUUACAUGGAUCUGGUUCUCAAGGAGUCCCUUCGACUGUAUCCACCCGUGCCGAUGAUAGCACGUAUCGCGACCGACGAUACAGAAGUGUUGGGUGAACGUAUAAUACGCGGAACUAGUGUGGUUUUGGACAUCUUCCUCAUGCACCGAAGUGAAGACUAUUUCCAUGAUCCAGAUCAAUUUGAUCCAACGCGGUUCGAAGGAAUGCGCGAUGCUGACACGUUCAAUCCUUAUACAUACAUACCAUUUAGUGCCGGCAGUCGGAACUGCAUCGGACAGAAGUAUGCCCAAUACGCGAUAAAAAGCGCGCUCGUGAAGAUUCUGCAGCAUUUCACCGUGCGAUUGACACGGGACAAUUAUGAGCCAACAUUGAAAGCCGAAAUGGUACUCAAACCCGCCACAGGACUGCCGCUGCAAUUCGUGAGAAGGCAUUGAAGGACCAGGCAUACAGCAUUCGACGCCGUCCAUAAGGAUCCUUGCAUCGAUGCUUCGAAAAAACAAUGUUUAUAAUCGCCAACUGUGAAUCGUUAGGGUUCGUCGGUAAAGCUCUGC